AUGGUCAAGCAGCUGGAGCGUAGAACUAAAACAAACGUCUGUGAAGAACAUCUUCUCCCUGAGCAACAGAAGUGGGGCUUCAAGAUGGUGAAGGAGGAACCACAUCCCUCCCACAUUAAGGAGGAAGAGGAGGAACGCAUCAUCAGUGAAGAGGGAGAGCAUCUUCAAGGACUGGAGGAGUUCCCAGUGUUUGUUGUGAUUGUAAAUAGUGAAAAUGAUGAGGUCAAAGGUGAAAGUGAGGAGAAGAGAGAGGCGGAGUCUCCAAGCAGCAGCUCAACACAACACAUGACAACAGAAGCUGAUGGAGACCACUGUGGAGGAUCACAAGCAGACAAGCUCUUAGCUCCACUAUCAGAUAGUGAGGACACAAUGUCACACUCUCCUGACACUGAUGAUGAAGACUCUAAAGAUGAUAAGACAUGUCACACUGACAACACUCACUUCGCAUGUUCUCUCUGUGACAAAACUUUUAAAGACCGCUGCAAUAUGAAAAGACACAUGAAAAGACACACUGGAGGAAAACCUUUUUCAUGUUCAAUCUGCGGUAAAGAUUUUACUCUAAGGCACCAUUUGAAAGAACACAUGAGAAUACACACCGGAGAAAAACCUUUUUUAUGUUCAAUCUGCGGUAAAGAUUUUACAAAAAGGCAAAAUUUGAAAGAACACAUGAGAACACACACCGGAGAAAAACCUUUUUCAUGUUCAUUCUGCGGUAAAGAUUUUACUCAAAGGCAACAUUUGAAAACACACAUAAGAAUACACACUGGAGAAAAACCUUUUUCCUGCUCGGAAUGUGGUAAAAGUUUUGUAUUAAAUCUAAGUUUAAAAAUACACAUGAGAACACACACUGGAGAAAAAGCUUUUAUAUGUUCAGUGUGUGGUUACAGUUUUAAAGAAAGACAGCAAUUAAAAGCCCACUUGAGAACGCACUCUGGUGAAAAACCAUACUCCUGUUCAAGCUGCAACAAAAGCUUUGGUCACCCAAACACUCUUACAGUACACAUGAGAACACACACAGGAGAGAAAGUGUUGAGUUGCAGUGUGUGUGGUGAAAGAUUCUCUUCUAAGUACCAGUGUAAGAAACACAAGUGUGCUGGUGAGAAGAGCAGCAGCAAAUGAAGAUGCAGGAUUUGAAAUAAAGUGUCGGAACUUUAACUUUGACUUUCUAGCAACAUCAGCACAUAUAACAUGUGUGACAUCAUCGUUGUGUGUGUAACACAAUCUUGUUAAUAUGAUUCUGACAUUUAUAGAUUAGGCACUUUAGAUUAGUGCUUUUAUUUCAGUCAAGUACAUGAGUUAAUUUACACAUUUGUGUACUUUAAAAUGAACGGAACAAUUUGACUGAAAAGGUGAGA